AUGAAGGUAACAGCAUAUCUCGUGCCUGAAGCCAAUAUGGCGCCGAGCUCCUCCCCGGAAGCUGGAUUUUCGGGAGGAAGGACCGCCCUCGCUGGCCCGACUGGAGAGAAUUUUGGUCAAUAUCAGAUCCAAACCUCCCGAAGCCCAAGCACGGAGUAUGACACGACCGCAGAUGGGAUUGAGGAAUAUUCACCUUCAGAGGACGGAGAGAACGGAGACGAUUUCGCCUCCCCAUUUCCAUUCAGGACCACAUCCCCCGCUGAGAGCACAUCUCCAGCUCAAAGCACACCCUCGACUGAGUACGUCGCUGCGGCCAAAUUCACAACUCCAGUCAAGAAGACUCCCGCCAAGAGCACUCCGCCCAGCACGCCUCCUACCAAGGUGAAGCUCACGCCCAUGAGAACGCCCCCAGUCCAAGCCGAACGCAAGCGAUACCUCACGGCGUCACCCCACAAGCACCCCCUGAUGAAGUCAUCAAAGCCAAUUCUGGUAGACUUCCAUCCUCGCAACUCCAGCCUCGAGCAUAUCCAAGCCCUCCGAGCGCGCCUCGACAUGGGUGAGGAGCUCGUCUACAAGACCCAGGUAAAUCUCAUCCGCUGGCAAAAUACCAUCUCAGCCCAACUCCAGGACCUGAAGACGGAAUUUCGCAAAACUAACACCAAAACCAAGAAGCGCCAGGACAAACUUGAAGACCAGCAGGACAAGCUCGAGGAGAGACAGGAGGUCACCGACUCCCGCAGCGCCAGAAACGAGCGCCGCAUCGCAGAGGUCGAGGUCACCAUCGAAGAUGUCAUUGGCAAGCCGCCUAACCUGCCCGGACUCUUCCCGCCUGGUCACUCGUCGUACUUUAGUGGACCGACGAGUCCCAGCCGUCUUCCUGGAGCAUGGGGUCCCAGAAGCAGUCGCAGCUCGCGGACGUCGCGGACGGGCUCGGCGGCUCCUCUUCCUAGCAUCGAGAUGGAAGACGCAGUCAAGAGUAUCGCGCCAACCUUGGGCGGUCGCUCUAUCAGCUCCUCGGCCAGUGCUACCCCGAACGUGUCUUUUUUGGCUGGUUCCAAGAGAAAAUCCGAGGAAGUAGAUUUUGACGACAAGGACUCCGAAAAGAAAGACUCGAAGAAGCAGAAAAAGACGGAGAGAAAGGCGCCCGUCAAAAAGCAAGUUGAACCGAAGAAGGACGACACAGAGGCGAAGAAGAAUCCCGCCGAAUCGACCAAGGCCACGCUCGAGAAGACGACUGCAUCGCAGAAGCCACCGAAGCGCAAGGCGGAGGAGGAGCCCAAAGAGGACCAUGAAGCGGUGGAGAAGCAGAAUCGUGAUAAGAGCGCUCAAACUUCUAGCAAGAGGCCCGUAAAGAAGGCUAGAACAACCAAGAAGCCUGCUGCCGUCCCUAAAAAGACAACUGCAGCGCCCAAGCGCCAGAAGCGUAAGACAGAGGAGGAUAUUAAAGAGAACGGCAAAGAUGAGGAAAAGAAGAUCCAAGACGAUGAGUCUGGCAAGAGACCCAUUAAGAAGGCCAGAACGGUCAAGCAGUCCAAUACCAAGCCCCAAAAAGCUGCUACCACAUCCAAGAAGACGACUGCAGAGCUCAAUGCCCGGAAGCUCAAGGCAGAGGAGCAGCCCGAGAAGAACGAUGAAGAGACGGAGAAGAAGGAUGUCAAGGAGGAUAUCAAGGAGGAAGAAGCUAAGUCCGACGCAGAGGUGAAGCCUGUCAACGCUUCGAAGACGAAGAAGCCUGUCAAGCCGGCGGCGCCAGGGACCAGAACUGGCCUUCGUAGUCAGAAGACGGAGGCUGCUCCCGCUUGA